AUUCAGUCGAAAGGUUCAGUAAAAGUGAAGUCAGUGUUGAUGACAAGUGUUGUCUGAAGUCAGUACAUGAUCUCCCCAACACCUCCGUGUGCGCGUCUCCCUGGGGAAUCACCAUCAACAGCGUCAAACGCGAGAGAGGUUUAAACAUUUUGCGGGACAGAGACUUGACUUUUCUCUCUCUCUCGUUAUUUUCUUCUCCCGAGUGAGUGACAGGGGUCCCUUGUCGGGCAGUGGGGGCUCUCCCCCCACCCACACACCUCCGUGUCUUACCCGGGCUGGGUCCGCAGGCGUUGUGAGUGAAAUGCCGACUGACAUCUCGCAGCCCCCGGUGCUGAGCGCCUCGCUGCCCCUGAGGAUCCUCCACAAGGGGCCCGGCUACCUCCGGAGGCAGAUGGAGGGCAACCGCCGGGGCCGCCUGAGCGCCGUGGAGAGGCUGGCGGCCGACAAGGGCAAGUACGUGAAGAGCCCGCAGCUGGUGGCGGGCGGUCAGGGGGACGGCGACGGCGAGAGGGAGGCCCGCUCCGGCAGCGAGGCCUCGGGCAGCAGCAGCAGCGGAGGAGGGGGGAGUAUGGAGAGCUGCCCCCGAGGCGAGAAGCCGGCGGCACACUCCCCGGGGGGAAGCCAGCCCCCGCACGCUCCCUUACAGCGGGACGGCGGCACCGCCAUCCGCCGCUCCAAGAGGCAAAUGAGGCCGGACUCGCUGGUCAUCUACCGGCAGAAGUACGAGGUGGUCAAGGGCUCGGGAGGAGGAGGCGGCGGGGCCCGGGCCGCUAACCAGAGCCUGGUCCGCAGGCUCUUCCAGGGGGGCUCCAUCAGGGACAAGCAGCAGCAGCCGCCGCCGCCGGCAUCGCCCGAGGUGCCCAAGGUCAUCAUCAAGGAGGGCGGAGGGCCGGGGGACACGGGCUGCGGGGACCAGCUGGAGGAGGAGCGGCCUUCGCCACCGGCCCAGAGGCCGGCCCCGUGCCAGCGGCGGGCCAGCAAGGGUCUGCACCGCUCCCAGUCCGACAUCAGCUCCCGCUACUCGAGGGCCUUCUCCGAGUUCGACAGCUUCUUCCGCUACUGCGGCCUGGAGCCCGAGGUCAUCGACGACCUGGGCCGCGACAACUUCACCUCGGCGUCCGACCCCGCGGUCACCGUGCGCGUGCGCAGCGUCAGCGCGCCCGACUCGGACAGCGACCUCUCCCGCCACAGCGCCCAGGAGGACCAGCGGCCGCUCGAGGAAGCGCUGGGCGAGCGCAAGCCGGCGUCCAGCCUGUCGGUCAUCGAGCGCAACGCCCGGGUCAUCAAGUGGCUGUACGGCUGCAAGCGGGCCCGGGAGUGCACAGCAGCCGAGCUGGUGUAGGCGAGGGAGGGCUGGGGAAAGGAAGGCACCCUCCAGUCUACUCCCGUCCGGAGAAAUGCUGCUCAGUCCUCGCUGGCUCCGCCUGAAACUUUUUUGGAGAUCAGCCACUCUCCUCCCCUGCGCCGCCGCUUCUCUCAAUCUUGACUGCAAUCCCCCCGAGGGAUAAAGAGGGUUUUUAUUUUUUCUUCAAAACAAAAGUAUACGUCGACCUUUUUCCUUUGACAGAUUUAGAGAUAUUUUGAUGGCCUCGGCUCGGAGGAGGUUACAGCAAGUAGACACUGUUGGAACUGGGAGGAGGGGCAGACAGGGGUAUAAAUCUUCCAAACAAUUGGACAGCUUUCUAAAACAUUUAACUUUUUCAGCGAUUUAUUGAAAAGAGCCGCCAAGUCGUCACUGCACUGGAUUAAUUCAAAGGUUUUUGUUUUGCAUGUCACCAAUUCAGUUACUGCAUCUCAUCCCCUUGCCUUCCUCCCAUCAACCAAAUGGUUUGCAUUAUGAUUGUUUCAUUAAGACAAUCUUUGUCCUGUUGUGACCUCACCUUGCCUGAGCUGCCUACAGCAUAGAUCUAAAACUGUCUUGUAGCAAGGUUACUUAAUAUUCUUUCUAUUUAAGAGAUUUAUUUUGUUUUCUGUGUUAAAUACAGAAUCUGUUUUCGUUUUAAAUAGUGUUGUCGUGAACAGAAGUUCUGUUAGUCUGUUUGUGCAGUUGAAACGUUAAUGUUUAUAUUGAACAAAGGUUCUUAAAAUCAAAUAGCUUUAAUUACCCAGGGUAAUCAAAAGUCUAUUGCAACAGAAUCACCUCACUUUUGUGUAAUGUUGAGCAGUAUGAUUUAUCAAAUCAUUCCUGUACACAUUAGUCAGAGACCUCAAAAGGCAGCAUUUUUUGUACCAAAUAGAUUUCAUUUUGAAAUAUUACAAAAUAUUGUGUGUGUGUAAAUAUAAAUUUUCAUUCCGUUUUUAAUGUCAGUUUGAUUUUAGACUUUCUUGCUUGGUUUAUUAUUUCCUGUUGAGUUGAAGAAGAAUCAGACCCUGUUGUCUUGUCCUCUGACAGAUAAUAUUGCUACACACAGCUACUGCAUUACAGGGACUAUUUUGAAACACUUGUUAAAAAUUGUUGACAUUAACAAAAGAUGAUACUAGGCACAGAAGUAGACCAUCUGGCCGUUCGAGCCUUUUUCACCAUUCAGGAGGACCAUAACUGAGCCUUUAUCUAAACAGCAUACUCCUUUUUUUAAAAAAAUCUCAGCAUCCCUUUCUUAAAUAUAUUCAGACUAAGAUUUGGGUUGAUGCUUGUGCUAAAUGACUUUGUUCUUGGACUAGUUUAGACUUCUUCAAUUUGAAUUAAAAUGUUACUCUUUUCUAGCCCCCUUAAAACUAACACGAAAACAAAACACCACAGAUGACACGAAUGUGAAAUAUAACCAUAAAUCUGGAAAUAUUCAGCAGGUCGAGCAGCAUCUGUGGAGAGAGAAACAGUUAAACUUUCAGGUUAAUGACCUUUUCAGAGCAGGUCUAAAUGAUUUAAUACUGAAUCAAAUAUUUGUUGAUGCUGACUAGUAGGAGAUGACAUGCUCACAAGACUACCUGGCCAGCCCUGACUUCUGACUGGAUAAUGUUCUACCUAGUUUCAUCAAGGCCACAAAUAAUGGGCCAAAGAACUAUGAUAGAACAGUGAGCAAAUACAUUUUUCAUCCAUAUGACAGUAUCUCACUUUUUGACUGACUGAUUCUAUUUAGUUAUUUAGUGGUAUUAACCCUGGAGAUUACUGCUAUGCACAAGUUUAAUUCCUGUGUUCAGGGAUGUCAACACCACCACUCCUCAUGAAACUACAAUCCAACCUGAUUCCUGCCUUAUCAAUGCUGGCCUCCACUUUUUACUCUGCUAUAAAGUUCCAGUUAUUUAAAGAUAAUACAUGUGCCCAGUGAAAACAGUCACUAAAAUGGUUCGAGAUUGGCAGCCUUUAAGGAUUUACAUAUUUAUUAUGCAAUUCCAGAAAAUGUCCUGUCUGCACUGCUCUUCUCCGUUCAUACCUUUUGAUGCAAACACACAUUAAAUAGCUUACAAUCAAGAAAAUAAAGGAAGCCUCCAGAAAAUCAACAUGGCCUGCCAAACUGUGAUACCUCAGUGCUGUUAGUUUGAGACUGAGGUUACCAGUUUUAUUAAUAAACGUGCAAUCAAUGGCAAAAACAAAUUGCUUGCUCUGAUGCUCACUGCCUUGAGAGAAAUAGAAGAUGCCUCUAAAGGGGGAGAGAAGACAUUUUACAUUUAUAUAGUGGUUGUACAAAAGUAAUAAUAGCUCAGGUUCUCAUAGACUUAUUGAGGAUAAUUUUGGCUGAAAGAUUAUGUAAACAGAGCAAUAUCAAUUAAGGCAUCUGUUCUUCAUCUCUAGAUUUUAAUUUAGGUUGAUUUAAGAUAACUAAUGAUAUCUGUCAAAGUCAAUGUUAUUCCUCUAUAUGCCAACCAUGGGUGGGAUUGUAUAGUUCCAUAUUAUCUUCAGAACGGAAGGCUUACCAUGAUCCCUGGUAAUCGAUGUCACAAAAUACAUUAACUCAGGUUUCCACACUUGUGCUUCUCUCUAAAAAGCAGCUGCCGUUAUCGUGGUAAUAGGGAUUUAGAAAGUAAACUGAACAUUUACAUUUUUCAUUCAAGACCUUGUACAAGUUAGAAGCAGGGCUAAGCCAUUCACCCUUUUGUUCCAUCUCUACUCAACAGAAUCACGGCUAACUAACCCCCAGAUCUUUUAUAUUAAAAGAAUUUACUGAUUCUCAUGUGAGCAUCUCUGGCAAGUGAUUUUUUUUUCUAAUUACUCAUCCUCGUUAAGAAAAGAAUGAGCACAAGCUGUCAAUUUUAACCAGUGGUAGUUAAGAAUUGAUCACACUGAUGUGGGAUUAGAGUUUCUUUGGGGUAAGAACAGCAGGUUCCCCUUCACUGUUUAUACAGAAAAAUGUUUACUUCAUUUUCAGUAUUAUUGACUAUGUCCAGAACUGUUAAAAAUGAUUUCACCUUGACAACUUAGAAUUUGAACUCUGCUUCUAGAUCUGUAGUCCAGGUCUUUGCUGGCCAGUAGUAGAAGGACUUAUGCCUGAGACAUUGAUUCUCCUACUCCUUGGAUGCUGCCUGACCUGCUGUGCUUUUCCAGUGCCACACUCUUGACUCUGUUCUCCAGCAUCUCCUGUCCUCACUUUCUCCUGGGCCAGUAACAGAACCACUACAGUAUGUUACCGUACCAAUCCCAGCUCUGCUAUUUGAGUUAGUGACUCAGAGGUUUGUAAAAACAGCUCAGGACAACUGAGGAUUACUUCAUUUUUACUCUGAUAUUCCAACUUGUUCUAGCUCAAACUGAAAAUUUGAAGUUACGAAAUCUCACAUCCAAAGAGGCUAGCUCCAUUGAAAGAAAACUUUUAAGUUGGAUCUGAAUCACUUUGAUUUGAGCAUAUAAACCAUUGAUACUUACCUUCAUAAAGGUGGACUCACGUUAAGUGUUCUUAAAAAGGUGGCACAGUGGUUAGUGCUGCUGUGUCAGCGCCAGGGGCCCAAAUUUGACUCCAACCUCAGGUGACUGUGUGGAGUUUGCACAUUCUUCCCAUAUUUGGGUGGAUUUUCUCCCGCAGUCCAAAGAUGUGCUGGCUGGGAGGAUUAGCCAUGGGUAAUGCACAGUUAAGGGAUAGAACAGGGGGAUGGGUGUGGGUGGGAUGCACUUUGGAGGAUUGGUGUGGACUCGAUGGGCCAAAUGGCCUGCUUCUGCACUGUAGGGAUUAUAAGUUUUCAAAGAAACAAGCUAUGUAGCCUGCAAGGUAUCGCCUUUCACCCUUACAUGCUGAUUUCGACAUAUGUUGAAUAACUUUGUGCACCGAAGGCAACUUAAUUUUGUUGUAUAAACGGGAGCUAACGUUACCAUGCCAACAACCUGUAGAUAUGAGGAAGAGACAAAUGUGCUUUUUCUCUUUAAUGGAAGAUUUUCAUAUCGACCAGAAGUGUCUGCAAAUUGUUGUUCUUGAUUAAACUUUGACCAUUGAAUUGCUAUGUAAGUGUCUAGAGAUUAAUUAAACCUUUCAAGAGCUUCAGUUUACAGUAUAUUGGCCUUUUUGUUAAAUAGUUUGUAAAGAGCAGCAAUAAGACAAAGAGUGAGAAAACCAUUUAUAGCUGGUUGCAAGAAAGAAAAAUGAGCUGCCAUUAAAAAAAGUUUGUCCUGAAUUUAUUACAUACAUACUAAAAGUUUAAAAAUAUGCUUACAUCAGUGAAAGUCUAGGAGAUAUGUAAUAUUGUAAAGUCAAUUGUCACUUAAGUUUCUGAAAUACCUUCCUAAUUUUGCCAUUCUGCCCUGAAGCUAUGACAUUGGGGGAGCAUAUAAAUGUGCACUAAUUUCAAAAAUACUUGCUCAAUGAGUUUUCAUGCCAUCCAAAUUUGGACUACUUCCAGCUUGAAGAAAGUUAGUAUUUUGCAGUGAGGUGAAGCUGGUUUGAACUGAAUUUUGUUGAAUAAGAUUGUGUUGUCCUGUUUCGUUUCUGCUGACCUGAUAACGUUAACUGCCUUGUCACAGUAUCUUUGCAAUCAUCUGAUAUAAAACAAGGAAAAUAUAAACAUGAGUGUUAAGAUUGCCUUACACCCUACAAACCUGUACGCACAUGUUCUGCCCCAGAUAUAACUGUGAAAACAGCAGUUGAAUGGCUUGUCUGGGAGAGCAAAGCAAACCAUCCACUCUAUACAAAGGAUUCCUAUUUAUUAGUUUUCCUGUUUUUUUUUAUUUUUAGGAAUGUUUCAAUAUGCAUUUAGUUAGAAAUUAUUCCAUCUCAGAAACAUGAACUAAAAGUAAUUUGUUGCUGGAAUUAUUCCAACAGUUGUUAAUACUCGUCAAUGACUUGGUAUCUUUAAAGAAAGAUUAUAUGAAAACUGGUGUUUGAAAGGAAAAUACCAAUUAAUGUAUAU